CAAGCUCAGCUCUGGGGUUUCGGCAGCCACAGCAGCAGGAAAAACCUGCCUCUGCCCCCUCCCCCCUCCCGCCACCUCCCCUCCCCUGUACUCCAGUCACUAACCAAGCACCCCCAGUUCCCACAAGGCCCUCCUGCCAUGUCGGACCCAGACGUCCCCAGGGGCCCCGAUGCCCCUGCCAUGUGGCCCCCUUGUUCCAGAGGUGCCUGAGCCCCUCCCCCACCCGAGCCUAGUCCGGAGCCCCAGGGACCAUGAGCGGUGGUAAGAAGAAAAGUAGUUUCCAGAUCACCAGCGUCACCACGGACUAUGAGGGCCCGGGAAGCCCAGGGGCUUCGGAUCCCCCCGCCCCACCAGCUCCCGCUGGGCCCCCGCCCCGCCUCCCCAAUGGGGAACCUAACCCUGAUCCAGGGGGCAGGGGCACCCCCCGGAAUGGCUCCCCGCCACCUGGAGCCCCUGCCUCCCGUUUCCGGGUGGUGAAGCUGCCCCAAGGCUUGGGAGAGCCUUAUCGUCGAGGUCGGUGGACGUGUGUGGAUGUUUACGAGAGAGACUUGGAGCCCCCAAGCUUCGGCCGGCUUCUGGAGGGAAUUCGAGGGGCCUCAGGAGGCACCGGAGGCAGAUCAUUGGAUUCUAGGUUGGAGCUGGCUAGCUUGGGCAUAAGCACCCCUAUUCCACAGCCAGGCCUGUCUCAGGGCCCCACCUCUUGGCUCCGCCCGCCCCCCACUUCUCCUGGACCACAGGCCCGCUCCUUCACAGGGGGGCUGGGCCAGCUGGCAGGGCCUGGCAAGGCCAAGGUAGAGACACCCCCGCUGUCGGCCUCUCCACCCCACCAACGCCCCCCAGGGCCUGGGACUGGAGAUAGUACUCAGCCCCAACCCUCUCUGAGGGUAGAAGUGGAGCCUGGGGGUUCAGCAGCCGGAACCCCUCCACUGUCGCGGAGAAGAGAUGGAGCAGUUCGGCUGAGGAUGGAACUAGUUGGUCCAGAGGAGAUGGGGAAGGUAAAGAGAACGGGUUUUCAGGGUCUGGGAGACCCCGGAAGGGGGCGGGACCUGUUGUACCCAGUUGUUGCCUGACUUCUAUCCUGGGCCUCCUUGCCUCCACUUCCAUCCUCUUUCCCUCCUCCUCUGUCACCUCUUGGUUAGGGCAGAAAGUCCCUUUUCCCUUUCAGCGUUUGGUACACUGAAAACCUUUUCUUUCCCAGCUUCCCUGCCUUCUAUAUUCUAUAUUCCC